CCUUGAGUGAAAGAAGCUGGACACAUGAUUAAGCACUUUAUAAUUCCAUUUAUAUGAUGCACCAAAGCAGGCAAACUCAUCUUAGAUGAUAAAAGGCACAAAGAAUAGUAGUUACAAUAGGGGAUAGUGAUUAGAUUGUAGGUUCUGAAUGGUGGUUGGAUUGAGCUGUACAUUUAUUUAAGAACUGUGUAACUUAUGCAUGCUAUAUUUCAAUAAAAAUAUUUAAAAAAUAAUAUGACAGCUGUAGGGAAAAGGUUCAAUAUUUAAAGUGAGAAAAGUAGAUCAAGGAAGAAAAAUAAAAAGGGAAUUCUGUUCUUUUACCUCCUCUUUUGUAACUCCUUUUCUUUCCUAAAUUCAGUGUUAGAGCAUCAGGGAUUUGCCAUUUCAGUCCCCAAAUCAGCAGAGGUUCAUAAACUUCUUGUCCGGGGCGCCUCCACCUCGGAAUCGGGUAAGGAUGGACCUAUGUAGGAAGGCAGUGUGUGAGAGAGGACUCAGAGCCCCUUCAAUCCCACACAAUACAGCAGGAACAAGAGCAAAGCUGUGGGACCAGCAAAGUGCCAGCAACCCAAGCUACCUCCUAGAGCUUCAGCGGCCGUUCGCUGGACAGCGACAGAGUGACUUCCUUAGCUCCCCGCGAAUUGUCUGGCAGUGGGCUUGCUGGGCAACAUCGUGCUGGUGAAGAUCUUCCUCACCAAUAGCGCCAUGAGGAGCGUCCCCAACAUCUUCAUCUCUAACCUGGCCGCUGGGGACGUGCUGCUGUUGCUCACCUGCGUCCCGGUAGAUGCCUCCCGCUACUUCUUGGACGAGUGGAUGUUCGGGAAGGUGGGCUGCAAACUCAUCCCGGUGAUCCAGCUCACCUCGGUGGGGGUGUCCGUGUUCACUCUCACUGCCCUCAGCGCGGACAGGUACAGAGCAAUUGUGAAUCCCAUGGACAUCCAGACUUCAGGGGCAGUGCUGUGGACCUGUGUGAAAGCUGGGGGUAUCUGGGUAGUCUCAGUGCUGUUGGCUGUUCCGGAAGCAGUGUUUUCCGAAGUUGCACGUAUCGAUGGCUUGGAUAACGGCAGCUUCACAGCAUGUAUACCCUACCCUCAGACGGAUGAAUUACAUCCAAAGAUUCAUUCAGUGCUCAUUUUCUUGGUCUAUUUCCUCAUACCACUUGGUAUUAUUAGUGUUUAUUAUUAUCAUAUUGCAAAGACUUUAAUUAAAAGUGCACAUAAUCUUCCAGGAGAAUACAAUGAACAUACCAAAAAACAGAUGGAAACACGGAAACGCCUGGCCAAAAUCGUGCUUGUCUUUGUGGGCUGCUUUGUCUUCUGUUGGUUUCCAAAUCACAUCCUUUACAUGUAUAGGUCUUUCAACUAUAAUGAGAUUGACCCAUCUCUAGGCCACAUGAUUGUCACCUUAGUUGCCCGGGUUCUGAGCUUUUGCAAUUCUUGUGUCAAUCCAUUUGCUCUGUAUCUACUCAGCGAAAGCUUCAGAAAGCACUUUAAUAACCAGCUCUGUUGCGGAAGGAAGUCCUAUAGAGAGAGAUCACCCAGCUACCUGCUCAGCUCUUCGGCAGUGCGCAUGACGUCCCUGAAAAGCAACGCUAAGAACAUCGUGACCAAUUCUGUAGUACCAAAUGGGCACAGCGUGAAACAGGAAAUGGCACUGUGAUUUUGGCCAUUCAGCUCACUACUUGAAAAGAGCAUACUCUUCUAUCUCUAUUGCAUAGAGCAGAACUGAACAAUUUUCUUUCUUACUGUAUCUCAACUAAUUCAUUACGUGAUUUCACGACUGACUCAGAAAAGGCAAAAUAAACAGAGCUAAUAUUUUUCUCUGAACCAAAUUUUACAAGACAUUUAAAAAAAUGUAUUACAUUAAAUGCUUCAAAAAGCAAUUCUAUGUGUAUAAAUCAAUAUUGUUUCAACAUCCAAGUUGUUCCUAGAGACAACUCCAGUGUAUUUAUCUUAAAUUUGUAUUAUCUUGGAGCAUGAAAUAAAUUUCUUUACCGAUUCAAUGAUUCAAGUGUAAUAUUCAAACUCCAAAUAUUUGAAAUACAAGUUUUCUUGUCAUGGUAAUUUUAUUAUUCAUAACUAGUGUAUUAUAUAUCUCCUUUGUUUGAAUAAAAUAAGAGAAAAUUCAAAACGUGGAGCUAAUCUUUGUAAGAUUAGUCAUAAUUUAUAGAAAUAGCUUAUAUCUGUAACUUUAAGUAUGUGAUUAAAAGGUCUGAUGACAUUUGUAUUAUGCACAAUGAAAGAAAUAUCAUCUGAAUAUGAUUUACAUUAUGAGUGUAAAAUAGGUAUCAUAUGUCCCAAAGUGUAAAACUAUGACUCAGAAAUUGGCAUGCCCAUCUUUGUAUACAUUGCUAAAUCCCUGGAUAUUUGAGUGAUUCUGCAUAGCUGUGAUAAGAUUUAUAUAAUUCUGGUGAGAUCAACCAUUUAUUCUGCAGUGAAUUUGACAGUUUAUUCUGGUGGUUUAACCAUCGUUUCUUGCAAUAGCCUCCUGACAAGUGUAUUUAAAAUCCACUUGAAGUUUACUCUGCAUAGUUAUCUUUGAAUAAAUGUCUUGGAUUUUUUCACCAAAAUACAAGUACGGUUUGACUAAAUUCUGAAAGCUACUCCUUUUUAAGCGUGUGUGAAUAAGUCAAAUAUUUGAAUUAAUAUAUCUAAUACUAUUUGUUUCCAAAUUUGCUGAAUUUGGGAAC